CUAGCUCCCUCGCCACUUCCGGGCGCUCACCUGGGGCGCGCUCACCUGGGGCGCGCUCCCGGCCUCGGGCGCCCCGGCGGCAGGAUGAAGGACCGGCUGGAGCAGCUGAAGGCCGAGCAGCUGACACAGGACGAUGACACUGAUGAGGUCGAGAUCGCUAUUGACAACACAGCUUUCAUGGAUGAGUUCUUUUCAGAGAUUGAAGAAACUCGGCUCAACAUUGACAAGAUCUCAGAGCACGUGGAGGAGGCCAAGAAACUCUACAGUAUCAUUCUUUCUGCACCAAUUCCGGAGCCAAAAACCAAGGAUGACCUAGAGCAGCUCACAACUGAGAUCAAGAAAAGAGCCAACAAUGUCCGGAACAAGCUGAAGAGCAUGGAGAGGCACAUUGAAGAAGAUGAGGUCCGGUCAUCUGCAGACCUUCGGAUUAGGAAAUCUCAGCACUCUGUCCUCUCCCGGAAGUUUGUGGAGGUGAUGACCAAAUACAACGAAGCUCAGGUGGACUUCCGUGAACGCAGCAAAGGGAGAAUCCAGCGGCAGCUUGAAAUCACUGGCAAAAAGACAACAGAUGAGGAACUGGAGGAGAUGUUAGAGAGUGGCAACCCAGCCAUCUUCACCUCUGGGAUCAUCGACUCCCAGAUUUCCAAACAAGCGCUCAGUGAGAUCGAGGGUCGGCACAAGGACAUCGUGAGGCUGGAGAGCAGCAUCAAGGAGCUUCACGACAUGUUUAUGGACAUCGCCAUGCUGGUGGAGAAUCAGGGUGAGAUGUUAGAUAACAUAGAGCUGAAUGUCAUGCACACAGUGGACCAUGUGGAGAAGGCACGAGAUGAGACUAAAAAAGCUGUGAAAUACCAGAGUCAGGCCCGGAAGCCUGGCGUGGCCACCCUUGUCUGCAGAUGGGAACGGAGUUUGAAUGGCCUUCCUGAGAGUGCGUGGGACCUGUUCCUUUGUUUCCUUGUGAACCAUCCUUGGACCUGACUCAGCAAACAGUCUACCCCUGGAGGAAUCUAAUCUACCUGAAGCAACCCUGAGUUCUCAGAACCACCUGCUGCCCCACCAGCUGACGUACCAUUCUCCUGGACCAUAGGAACCAGUGGGCUUCUUUUUCCUCCUGGGGUGUGCCAAAUUAUGCCUUGUACCUUGGAGAGCCCACGUGAGACCCUCCCAAAGGUGCUGUAUGUUCUACCUCAUGGGGUAUUCUCCUGGCAACUUCAGUGUACUUUUUUAGGAGAGUAUCUUUAACAAAGCAGAGGGAUUCUUAGUUUGGCAACAAUAAGGCUUGGAUCUGAGUCUUCUACCUGAUGCCAAUGCUCGGUUUGUUGUCCCCAUGUUCUAAAAACACACAGACUGGCAGAUGCCAUUUUGGUCUGAGAGGCUGACUUGUUUGAAAUUCUUAAUUUCAUAUGUUCAGCUUGGGGCCAAUUUACUCUUUAUCUAUGUCGUAUUCUCUCAUGUUUACUAAGGAGGGACCAGGAUGAUAUGGUCAUCUGAGGCUAUCAUUUGCAAAGGCUGGGAGUAUUGCAUAUUUGUUCCCAUGUCUGAGGUUUGGAAACUUUGCUAUUAGAGAGUGAUUCUUUGUGAAGCCAUUGCUUUGAGGUCAAAAAUAACCAGGGAUUUCAAACUGGGCCAGGGACAAGGUGCUAGAGUCUCAGACUCCAGAAAUAUUUGAGACUGGUAUUAUAUCAGUUUGAGUAUUUGGUCACACAUGUGUUCCAGAUAUAAAUAUAUUUAUAUAAAUUUUAUAUAUAUAUUUAUAUAAAUAUAUUUAUAACUGUGUGUGUGAGAUGUAUGUGCAUGUAUGUGUGUGUGUCUCAAGAAGUAAGAAACUAGAAGUGAAUGACCUCAAAAAAAAAAAAAAGGUUAGGCUAAAAAUUGCAGACACUUGCCUACUUGCAAAUGAAUCACUAUAGGAAUAUGAUCUUCCCAUGUCAACAAGAAACUUGUUUUCUAGUCGAGGAAUGGGAGAAUCCAAUGAUCAAAUGAGAUUUUUGGAGUGAAGAUCUAUCUAGUUGAUCCCUACUCAGUUUUUCUGCAUAGCAGAGAAGUGUAGUGUUUUGACAUCUUCCCUAUCUGCUGCCUAUGAUAGGCUCAUCCCAAGAAUAUCCCACAGCAACUUGAUGUUAUCACAUGACCUAUGGGAUAUUGUGUCUCCAGGACUGAGUCAGUUGGGAGAGACCAGCGACUACAGAGUAGAUCUUCCUGUUGGGUUAAUGAACUAGACUGCUUGUGUCCCCUAAUUCUUAAUAUGCAGGAAGCAACAGCUAGGAUAUCUUCUAAUGUCUGUGUUAACUCAGUGGCAAGUGCCUCAGAUUCCCUGCUGGUCUUGGCCAGUCUCCCUGAUUUGGGGUACCGGCUAUAUUUCAGCUUUGACGUUAAAGCUUUUCAGGGUAGGGUGAGCGGCACCCUAAUCCAGAUGCUGCUCAUUAGCUUGCUUUGCAAAGGCUACUCACUCCUAGUCAUCACCUAGCAAUCAGACAGAACCAACGGAUUGCCCCUUUGCCCGUGGUUAUGAUGUCAAAUAGUGGACUGACUCCAGCAACAGGGGAACAGACUUUAAUCAUAGGCCUUUACUGACCACUGAGAGUGAGGCCUCGGGCUCACAGACUGGGAUACAGCAUGUGAAGGUGGUUUUUUUUUUUUUUUUUUGGUUUAUAAUUUUUAAAAAUGUAAAUGAUUAUUUUAUUGCUAACUUAAAAAUAAAUGACUUUGUAUUGAUUGUGAAAUAGUCUGGCUCUACCUUCCUGCAAGACAAGGUGACUUGGUGCCACCAUGUGGUAGAUUUUUGUCCAGGUUUUGGAAUGGGGCUAAAAUCUUUUUAUUCAAUCACACUGUUUCAAAAGAUCAGAUUUUUGCAAAAGAUUUAACUCCCAAAGCAUGUGAUGUGACUGUAUCUGAGCUUCAGACUUAAAGUGCUGCCUCCAAAAGAAUCACGUUCUUUAUUGAGAGCAUCUAGCUUUAGGGGGAAGUGGGGGAGAUCUCUCCUAUAUUAUCUAAAAGGCAGAACCACCUUACACUAAACAUCCUCUGAUCGAGGCUUGGAUGUUUCACCAGGAAAUAACAUUUCUGUUCACAUUCUGGGUUCAAGAAGCCAGAUCCAUCACCUCCCUCCUCUGGUACUCCCUUUCCCUUCAUACCCUAGUCCACGUCCUGGACUCCCUUCCCAGAACUCAGUGCUUACACAGGAAUGGUUCUCAUGUGCUUUUUCUUUCCUUGUUGGGAUGAGCAGAAGAAGAUCAUGAUCAUGAUCUGCUGUAUUAUCCUUGCGAUCAUCUUAGCUUCUACCAUUGGGGGCAUAUUUGCCUGAACAAGGUGAGCCAUCUGGAGGGAGGGUCAGGCCUGCCGUUCCUUGAACUCUUGUGUCUGGGAGCAUGCAUUUUUUUGUCACCAGGUGGUAGGACUGACACAGGUUAGGACCUUAGAAAACUAAAAAAAAAAAAGGUGUACAUCUCAUAGGAAAAUGAGUGAAGAAUGAGUUGGUAGCAGGUAGUGGGAUGUGGGGGGAGGAGUAAAGGAGAUGGAAGGCAGAAGUCUGACCCACAGAGUGCUUCGCAUACAUUAAAGAUGUUGAUUCCUGUGGCAAAAUUUGAGCCUUGGUGUUGGGAAUGGUGAAAGGAUUCAGUUUUUGUAUGAGAUGUACCUGAGCUCU